CAGUCAGGCGGAGACGGAGACGCUUCUGGAAGAACAUCACGAUGGCCGCCCAAGGAGAACCCCAAGUGCAGUUCAAACUUGUAUUAGUUGGUGAUGGAGGUACUGGAAAAACUACAUUUGUAAAACGUCACUUGACUGGUGAAUUUGAGAAGAAGUAUGUAGCCACCUUGGGUGUUGAGGUCCAUCCCCUUGUGUUCCAUACUAACAGAGGUCCUAUUAAAUUCAACGUAUGGGAUACAGCUGGCCAAGAGAAAUUUGGUGGUCUGAGAGAUGGUUAUUACAUCCAAGCUCAGUGUGCCAUUAUAAUGUUUGAUGUAACAUCAAGAGUUACUUACAAGAAUGUACCUAACUGGCAUAGAGAUCUGGUACGAGUUUGUGAAAAUAUCCCUAUAGUGUUGUGUGGCAACAAAGUGGAUAUUAAGGACAGAAAAGUCAAGGCGAAAUCAAUUGUCUUCCAUAGGAAGAAGAAUCUCCAGUACUAUGACAUUUCAGCCAAAAGUAACUACAACUUUGAGAAGCCCUUCCUUUGGCUUGCUAGAAAACUUAUUGGAGACCCUAAUUUGGAGUUUGUUGCCAUGCCUGCUCUUGCACCUCCAGAGGUUGUCAUGGACCCAGCACUGGCAGCACAGUAUGAGCAGGACUUACAGAUUGCUCAGACAACUGCGCUCCCCGAUGAAGAUGAUGACCUGUAAGGGAAUGAAGCUAGAGCCCAGCGUCAGAGGUCUAGUUUUAUAGGCAACUGUCCUGUGAUGUCAGUGGUGUAGCGUGUUUGCCACUUUAUUAUAUAGCUGAGCAGAACAUGUGCUUAAUCUUUGGGAUGCUGAAGGAGAUGAAUGGGCUUCGGAGUGAAUGUGGCAGUUUAAAAAAAAUAUAAUUCAUAUUUUGGACCUGCGUAUUUAGCUGUUUUGGACCGUAAUUACGUCCCCUUGA